UGUAACACAAUUGAGCACAAAGCGACUUACAAUUAGCUAAAGAGCUGAGUAAGGUUGUGUUAUUUUGAGAGAAAAUUUAAAUUUUAUUAAAAAUUAUUUUAAAAAAUUUAUCUGUCAGCUGCCAUAUUAGAUUCUAGCAUUUCUGGCUGGGCGUUUCUGAUUGGCCUAUUGUUUGAUACGUGAAUGAGAGAAAAGAGAAUGAUGUUUACGUACAAAAUUGUGAAUAAUCUUAUUUUGUUCUCUUUACUCACCCAUUUAUUAUGUCAUUUAUCAUAAAUUCUAUUUCCUGGAUGAUUUUUGUGUCAAAAAUACACAAAACUGCUAUAAUCCGUGCAAGAAAAAGAAAGAUAUAUCAACGUCAUUGAUUCUAACCUCUGUUCCAUAAGUGUAUAUAAAACGGACCUUCCUUAGGGAAAUUAAUAAGAUAAUAUAGUACUCUCAAAAAGGAAUAGAGAAAGGAGUGCCAAAAAACCUUUUAUUUAAAUACAGGUUGACGGCACGGAAAAUACCAAAUAUAUAUAAAAAAAAGUGUAUAAAACAAAGUAUAUUGUUAAUUCUUCCAUCUACAAUGGAUAAGCGAAAUGCUUUAUUUGUCUAUUGUAUUUUUAUUACUCUCCAGAAUAUUUAUGGACUUCAUAGAAACUUGAAAUACUAUGAAACGCUUCACAGUAGUUAUUUGCAACAUAGGAUCAUAAAGCGAGGUGUUCACCAUAGUUAUAAUCCAUACAAUAAAAUAAGUGAAGUGGAGUUUUAUUCACAUGGGCGUCGUUUUCGAUUAAUUUUAACACCCAGAAGAGAAGUUAUACAUUCCAAUUUUAAGGCAUACGAGGUUAAUGCUGAUGGAAAAGAGAAACCUAUACACUUAGAUCAUGAUGAAUUUUACCAUGGACGAGUGUUUGGAGAAAUUGAGUCUCAUGCUCAAAUGCAUAUUAAUAAUGGUAUUCUAACAGGUAUUAUAACAACUUCGGAUGAAACCUAUCAUAUUGAACCAUCUUGGAGACAUCUUCCUCAUUUAGACAAUCAAACAAUGAUCGUUUAUAAAUCAUCUGAUGUUAAACUCAGUUGGGAACAUUAUAAAGAUGGAGAAGGUCAUACACAUGGAGCUCCAAAGACCUGUGGUUAUGUCAAAGAAAAUUUAAAUUAUACACUAGAUGACAAAGACGAUUUUGAAGAAGAUGAUAUAAAAAAGGCUAACAGCAGUAGCAGAGUGAAAAGGCAAACAGAAACCUACGAAUUUGCACCAACAAAAACAAGAUGUCCAUUAUUACUAGUUGCAGAUUAUCGAUUUUUCCAAGAAAUGGGUAGCAGUAAUACAAAAACCACAAUUAAUUAUCUGAUAAGUUUAAUUGAUAGAGUACAUAAGAUCUACAAUGACACUUUAUGGCAUGAACAUAAAGAGGAAGAUGGUUUCAAAGGAAUGGGUUUUGUUAUUAAAAAGAUCGUCGUUCAUGGUGAACCGACACGAGUGAGAGGUGGCGAAACACAUUAUAAUAUGAUUCGCGAGAAAUGGGACGUCCGUACAUUGCUCGAGGUGUUUAGUCGAGAAUAUAGCCAUAAGGACUUUUGUUUGGCUCAUCUGUUUACUGAUCUUAAGUUUGAAGGUGGUAUUCUUGGAUUGGCUUAUGUAGGAUCUCCUCGUAGAAAUUCAGUGGGCGGUAUAUGUACACCAGAAUAUUUUAAAAAUGGAUAUACAUUAUAUCUAAACUCAGGGUUAAGCUCCAGCAGAAAUCAUUAUGGACAAAGAGUAAUUACAAGAGAAGCUGAUUUGGUUACAGCACAUGAAUUUGGUCAUAAUUGGGGUUCUGAACAUGAUCCGGAUGUAUCGGAUUGCAGCCCAAGUGCAAGCCAAGGUGGAUCUUAUUUGAUGUAUACUUACAGUGUCAGUGGCUAUGAUGUAAAUAACAAGAGAUUUUCGCCAUGCAGCUUACGGUCUAUCAGAAAGGUCUUACUAGCCAAAUCUGGACGCUGUUUCUCAGAGCCGGAAGAAUCGUUCUGCGGUAAUUUGAGAGUUGAAGGCGACGAGGAAUGCGACGCAGGUCUUCUGGGAACAGAAGACAAUGAUCAAUGUUGUGACAAAAAUUGCAAACUUCGAACUAGUCAAGGAGCAGUUUGUAGUGACAAAAAUUCUCCAUGCUGUCAGUUUUGUACGUAUAUGGCUGCAACGACGCAAUGUCGCGACGCGCAAUACGCCACUUGCGAACAAGAAUCACGUUGCACCGGGGCGUCUAGCGAAUGUCCAAGAUCUCCGGCCAUGAAGGAUGGUACUGCUUGUCUUGAACGUGGUCAGUGUCGUUUAGGCAAAUGUGUGCCGUACUGCGAGACCCAAAAUUUACAAAGUUGCAUGUGCGACACAAUUGCUGAUGCAUGUAAAAGAUGCUGUAGAAUGAGUUUGAACGAAACAUGUUUUGCAGUAGACCCAAUAGAUAUUUUACCUGAUGGGACACCAUGCAUUCAAGGUUUUUGCAAUCAGGGCACGUGUGAGAAAACAAUUCAAGAUGUAGUGGAGCGAUUUUGGGACAUUAUUGAGGAUAUAAAUAUCAACAAAGUUAUGCGUUUUCUAAAAGAUAAUAUAGUAGGCGCUGUAAUAAUCAUUACCACCAUUAUAUGGAUACCAGCGAGCUGCAUUAUCAGUUACAUCGAUCACAAACGUGUCAAAGAGAGUGAAAAGAAAUGGCGAUGGAAACAUACGGACGAACUCAUUCAUCCGGACGAGCCGAGACAGGUGAUUUAUAUUGGUGGUCAGCGGCAAAGAGUGCAACAUGUUAUACAUCAAUCUUAAAUCGUGAAUAUAAUUAGUCGCAUUGUAUUACAUACUUCAUCAUCUAGUCAAAAAAGUCAUAUUGGGUUAGACUCUAAAAUUAAUUUUUUUCCCAAUUUUAUGUAUAUAACUUUUACAUAAGUGCUGUGAAAUUUCAAAUGAAUUGUGUGAUUGAGAGAACAAAUGAUAUACAUUCCUAUAAUGUAAAAGAAUUGAAUGAUUUUUUGAAUACUAUAUUAUGGUAUUUAAAAAGUUGAUUAAUUUUUAUAUAUAUAUAUAUAUACACAUAUAUAUAUGCUAAAAGUUUCUUUAAAGUGUUAUCUCAACUGCCAGUAUUUAUUAUUACUUAAAGUAUUAUGACUAUUUGAAGUAUUAUUGUCAUUUUACAUUGAUAUUUUACAAUAUUGAUAAAAACUGAGAACAUUUA